AUGGAUAUAGAAAAUCAGCCUCAAGAAAAUAGAUCUCUUCGUGAGCUCUUUGAUUCAGCAGAAAAUUUCCGUAGAAAAAUAGAGGAAGGAUCAACUGAAUUAUUAGCGGAAUGUAUUUCUUUAUAUGAAAAAUGCCACUAUCUAGCCAGAAAGCUAUCUCUUUUUAGCAACAAUGAAGGAAUUGAUGAGAUAAGCACUUCAGAAAUUAGAUUUUUUUUGAUAGAUUAUUAUAUAGCAGAACUUUUAGACAAAAAUACAACAUCUAAUAGAUCAUCAACUAUAUUAUCAUCAAGAAAUUUAUUCGUUUCAUUUUUAACAUUAUGUGAAAACUAUACAUUACUAACAAGUUCUGACAAAGCUUUAUUUAAUUAUCUUAAUUCUAAUGAAACAUACAAUGAAGGCUAUAUAAAUAGAAUUUCUAAUGUCUCUCGAAGAGAAGAAAAAAUUCAAAGAUACAAAAGAGAAAAAGAAUUAAACAAGAAUAUAUCCACUUUUUUAAAAAAUCCAUCAAAAGAUGAAAAUGAUUUGCGAAAGCAUUUUCUUGAAGUAGUUCAAUUAGCUAUUUUUAAGUCAUUACAAAGCAUAGAACAAUUAGAUUUGGAGUUAAAAAUGAUAGAAAUUUCAAAGGACAAAGAUCAAGAUUCAAUUAAUGACUAUCAUAGAACUGAAACAGAAAAUAACAUUCAUUCAACAUUAAAAACAAAAAAUAAUUUCCAAAAAGACAAUCCUCUUUUAGAUAAACAUGGAAAACCGUUACGCCCCUUUACUAUUAUAGCAAAGAGAGAACAAUUAAAGAAUAAUGUUUUUGGGCCAGAUCAUAACCUACCUACGAUGACUAUUGAUGAAUAUUUAAAAGAAGAAGCAAAAAAAGGGAAUAUUCUUUCUAACAAAGAAAUACCACAAAAUAAAAAAGAAAUCGAUCAAGACAACAUGGAAGAAAUAGAUAUAGAAAUGUAUAAAGCAAGGAAAUGGGAUGAAUUUAAAGAAGAAAACCCCAAAGGCUGGGGAAACAGAGCAAACAGGUAA